CUAUUUUUUCCGCUUCUCGCUCUCCUAAUCUUUAGCUUCUCAUCUUUGUACCAACAUGGGUCUCUCCAUCUCUAAAUUGCUUUCUGGCCUCUUCGGCAAGAAGGAAAUGCGUAUUCUUAUGGUCGGUUUGGACGCUGCCGGUAAGACCACCAUCUUGUAUAAGCUCAAGCUUGGUGAAAUCGUCACCACCAUCCCUACCAUUGGUUUCAACGUCGAAACUGUCGAAUACAAGAACAUCUCAUUCACCGUUUGGGACGUCGGUGGUCAGGACAAGAUUCGUCCAUUGUGGAGACACUAUUUCCAAAACACUCAAGGUAUCAUUUUCGUCGUCGAUUCCAACGAUCGUGACCGUAUCUCUGAAGCCAGAGACGAACUUCAACGCAUGUUGAACGAAGAUGAACUCCGCGAUGCCCUUUUGCUUGUCUUCGCUAACAAGCAGGAUCUUCCCAAUGCCAUGAACCCUGCCGAGAUUACGGAUAAGCUUGGUCUUCAUUCGCUUCGUCAGAGACACUGGUACAUCCAAGCAACUUGCGCGACAAGUGGUGAUGGCUUGUACGAAGGAUUGGAAUGGCUUUCCACAAACCUCAAGAGAAACGCUUAAAAACUUGAAAUUGAAUGUUUAAAAAGAAGUACAAUAGCUGCAUUGCGUAGUUUUUCUAUGUGGAAUUCAUUUUGCUGAGUUUGAAAAUAAUUGAUAUGUGACUGUUUUACACAUUUUUUUGGCAUGUGGAAGUUGUGGAAGAUACUGUAGACUUGGAAGCAUAUUUAUUGUAAAGUGAACUACCGAAAGGCAUUAAUGACCCGUGUAGCUCAUUAUGGUAGAUUAAAUUAGCACAAUACAAAGUAGGCACUUUGGUAAGGCU